AAACAGUCUAGCGUCGGACUGCACGUACAUCAUUCGGCACACAGACGCCAAACACUCAACUGUAGGAACUAGAAGAAAAACACAUUUUUUAGCUGAGAUGGGUUUUUAAUGUGUAACUGUUUCUUUAAAAUAUUCUUGCAAAGAGAGGGACCUGAAAUGAAACCUCCAAUAGUGAAUGCCACUGGGGAACAAAUUAGGAACACCAUGUUUUGGUAAGGGAGCAAUCCGAACAUUAACCCACCCGCUGCCACACAAGUUGGCUCUAGAUCCAAACAGCGCCGUGGUGCGUGCCCUCAGUGUUGUGAAGACGGAAGUGACAGGAGGACUUCCCUCUGGCUAAUAAUUCAUUCCUUUUUGGAAACAGUUAAAGGAAAACACCACCGCCUGCCCAGACAUGUCUACUGCGUACAGAAACAGGAUACAGGAAUUCAAAGUAGCCUUAAGUGAAGAAACCAUUAACUUGAAGACACUGAGGGAUCUGUGCUUCAAUGGAAUCCCAUUUGAAGGAGGAAUACGAGCACUUUGCUGGAAAAUCCUUCUUAAUUAUCUACCUCUCGAUCAGACAUUAUGGGAGUCUUUCCUCCAAAAGCAGAGGGAGGUGUACUCCCAGUUCCUAAAAGAAAUGAUCAUCCAGCCUGGUAUCGCCAAAGCCAAUUUGGGUCUGUCCAGAGAAGAUGUGACGAUGGAGGACCAUCCUCUAAAUCCAAACCCAGACAGCAGGUGGAAUACCUAUUUCAAAGAUAAUGAAAUUCUCCUCCAAAUUGACAAGGAUGUAAGGCGGCUGUACCCAGACAUGGCCUUUUUCCAACGUCCUACAGAAUAUCCUUGCCAGCUUAUCUUGGAUCCUCAGAAUGAUUAUGAGACGCUGCGUCGGCGAGUCGAGCAAACUACGCUGAAAGCACAAACAGUAAACCGCAACCGCAGUGGAGUCACCAAUGUCAGCUCACCUGGAAAGGCACUGAACCUUUAUCCAUCCAAUGAGUACGAGGUGCUGCCCAGUGGGAGCGAAGCGCACUGGGAGGUGGUAGAGCGGAUUCUCUUCAUCUAUGCCAAACUCAACCCUGGGAUUGCCUACGUACAGGGCAUGAAUGAGAUCGUUGGACCAAUUUACUACACCUUUGCCACAGACCCCAACAGCCAGUGGAAAGAGCACGCUGAAGCAGAUACAUUUUUCUGUUUUACCAACCUGAUGUCGGAGAACAGAGACAACUUCAUCAAGAGCCUGGACGACUCUCAGUGCGGCAUCACCUACAAGAUGGAGAGCGUGUACUCCAUGCUCAAAGACAAAGACAUGGAGCUCUAUCUGAAGUUGGAAGAGCAGAACAUCAAACCACAGUAUUUCACUUUUCGCUGGCUGACCUUGUUGUUAUCUCAGGAGUUUCUCCUGCCGGAUGUCAUCCGUAUCUGGGACACCCUGUUUUCUGACCAGGACCGGUUCCACUUCCUCAUCCUGGUCUGCUGUGCCAUGCUCAUACUCAUCCGAGAUAACUUACUGGCAGGUGACUUCACAGUGAAUAUGAGAUUACUGCAGGAUUAUCCCAUCACAGAUGUCCACACCAUCCUGACCAAGGCCAAAGAGCUACAGGAUAACUCCUAACCUGUUCACUGUUUUACUCCUGCCUUCUCUGCUCAGAUGUGGUAGGUGGGAGUUUAAGCAUUAAAAAGACCUUGUCAUGUUAAACAUGUAUCGUGGGAGCCCGGACAGAUGUGUUGGUAAAACCAAGCAUACCGCUUUUUAAAUCUGUGUUUGAUGUUUGGUAAGUGGGGACUGCCGUAAAAACCCUUGAGGACAUGCUGAAACUGUUCCUCCCUGGAACUGAGGAGGAGAUGCCGUCUGUUUCUUGACACGUUAUGGGAGAAAGGCUCCUCUCACAGCCAUCUCUCCUAUGGAGACUUGUUGUGCUCAGAUGAUGAUGUUUGCACUGAACAUCUGAGGGAAGGGGAGCCGCAUUAAUCCAACACUACCGAUCUGAGUUUGUCAAGAAAAGAUACAGCAAUGUUUUGCAAUACAGCCAAGAAUUUAACAAAAAUCUCUCUGCGACCACAUAUGUAUUCAAAAAUGUUUAAUUUGGUUCUAUAAUAGCGCAUGUUUAUUCUUGAAAACUUUUUUUUUUGUUUUGUUUUUAAUUUUUAGAAGUUGAAAGUUUUUAAUGUAAGAAACAUGUAUGCCUUAUCUGUUUAAUAAUGUGAAACAGGUGACAGUAUUUCUGGGUAUAUUUUCUAUCUGGGUAAAAUAAAUAUGAAGUGAUGA